CAGCAGCAGCAGCAUGAUCAGCAGCUGCAGCAGGCGCCGCCGCCUCAGCAGCAGCAGCCUCAGCAGCAGCAGCAGCCUCAGCAGCAACAGCAGCCGCUGCAUCAGGAGCAGCAGGAACUGCAGCAGCAGCCGCAGCAGGAGCAGCCGUUGCAGCAGCUGCAACAGCUGCAGCAGCUGCAGCAGCAGCAGGAGCUGAAGCAGCUGCAGCAGCAGGAGGAGCUGCAGCAGCUGCAGCAGCAGGAGGAGCUGCAGCAGCUGCAGCAGCAGCAGGAGCUGCAGCAGCUGCAGCAGCGAUCUACGUUAGAAGACUGCAGGGCAAAGCAGCAGCUUCUUUUGCUGCUGUCUCGCUCCUCCGCUUCACGACCGGGCGUCUUGCUUCCUGACAUGCAGCAACAGCAGCAGCAGCAGCAGCAGGAGAAGCAGCAAGAGCCAGAGCUGCCGCAUGCAGAAGCAGCUUGCUGA